CCUAUCCCACCGAAUCCAUCCACCCCCCACAACUAUCGCAGCCCGAUCCCUCCCCCCGCUCGCCGGAAUGGCGGGCUCCUCCGCAGUCUGGACCGCGCAACACGCCUCCUGCAGGCCCCACCACCACCAACCGACGUCCUCGUCGCAGCGGCCGCGGGCGCGCCUUGUCCCCCUUCCCCCGAGGCGGGGCGGAGCCUCCCUCGCGAGGCCGGGCGCGAGCCUCGCCGCCGCCGCCGCCACCGCGGCGCCCGUUGUGAGGACCGUGUCUGAGGAGGCCGUCUACGAGGUCGUGCUGCGGCAGGCGGCGCUCGUGCAGGAGGGCAGCGGCAGGGUCGUUAAGGAGGGGGCGGCGGCGCGGCGCCGGCAGCGCCCGCGGUGGGCGGAGGAGAAGGAGGAGGAGGGGAUCGUCGGCUGGGGCCUCCUCGGCGACGCCUACGACCGCUGCGGCGAGGUCUGCGCCGAGUACGCCAAGACCUUCUACCUCGGCACACAGCUUAUGACUCCUGAAAGGCGCAAAGCAGUCUGGGCAAUCUACGUAUGGUGCAGAAGAACUGAUGAACUAGUGGAUGGUCCUAACGCGUCCUACAUCACACCGACUGCUCUUGAUCGGUGGGAGAAGCGGUUAGAAGAUCUCUUUGAAGGCCGCCCGUAUGAUAUGUACGAUGCAGCCCUCUCAGACACGGUGUCCAAGUUUCCGGUAGAUAUCCAGCCAUUCAAAGAUAUGAUUGAAGGAAUGAGGCUUGACUUGUGGAAGUCGAGGUACAUGACCUUUGACGAGCUCUACCUCUACUGCUACUACGUCGCCGGCACAGUUGGCCUCAUGACAGUUCCUGUGAUGGGCAUCGCCCCGGACUCAAAGGCCUCAACUGAGAGCGUGUACAAUGCUGCGCUAGCUCUUGGCAUUGCUAACCAGCUGACGAAUAUUCUCAGAGAUGUAGGCGAAGAUGCAAGGAGAGGGAGAAUAUACCUUCCACUGGACGAGCUUGCACAGGCAGGUCUGACAGAAGAUGACAUAUUCAGAGGGAAAGUGACCGAUAAGUGGAGGGGGUUCAUGAAGGGCCAGAUUAAACGUGCCAGGUUGUUCUUCGACGAGGCUGAGAAGGGCGUGGCCCAUCUAGACUCUGCGAGCAGAUGGCCGGUUCUCGCGUCUCUGUGGCUGUACAGGCAGAUCCUCGACGCCAUUGAGGCGAACGAUUACAACAACUUCACCAAGCGUGCCUACGUAGGCAAGGCGAAGAAAUUGAUGUCGCUGCCGGUUGCAUACGCAAGAGCAGCUGUUGCAUCAUGAUCCGUCUGUAUAUCAGAUGUUCUAUUUUUGUUUUCCUUUUUUCUCUCAGGUUCUCUUUCCUUUUUUUUUUUUGCUCCUUUCAUUUUUGGGAGAUUUGUUGGCUGUUGUAUAUAAUCAGCUUCAGCUGCCUGCAUGGCAUAAGCCUGUCUGUCACACGCAGUUUUUAGUUCAGGGGACUCGUUUCAGGCCCCUCAAUACUCAGCUAGCUCCUGUUACGACAUGUAAUGAAAAAAGAAAGGUUAGAAUUCAAGAAGCAUUCCUCUUGUUAUGGAUAA